UUUUGACGUUGUCUGACUUCUAUCAUCAUAUAAAUAAAUCCUAUUUAUUUUUCUCUUUUUAAUACUGUUCCCACUCGCCUCAUUCUAAUUUUAGUGCUUUUUUGUUUGUUUUUACAUUGAUACUGUUCAUCUGCGGUCGCGUUCUAUAUUCACUAAAAAUAAUGAAACCGAUAGGUUAAAUUUGGAACGGCAGGUAACGAGCGGGGCCAACUAAUAUUUUCAGCUUGCAACUGGCCAACUGCUAUAAUAAUUUACCUUUACAUUCCUGUUACAUUCAAUUCAGUAGGCUGUACGCACACCUUAGAUAUUUCCUAAUAAAAAAAAAAAAAAAACAAAGACCAGAAUAUAAUAUUAUCUACCUCAAAGAUAAGCAAUAUGAAGAAUAAGUUUAGAAACUCUGAGUCGACAAUAAAAGCCGGUGAUAUUAUAUUGACUGAGCAACCAUUCGUUUAUGUUCUCUCUUCAAAGGAAAAAGGGAUUCGAUGUGAUAAUUGUUUAGAAAGGGGCAAGGUGCUGAAAUGCUCUGGAUGUCAAUUCGUGCAUUACUGCGGACGUUCAUGCCAGAAAGAUGCCUGGGUGGACCAUAAGUGGGAAUGUGCGAAUCUGAAGAAAGUGGCGCCAAAAGUGAUACCUGAUGCAGCGCGUAUGCUGGCUAAAAUUAUCAAUAAGCUAUGUAGGGGCGAUGGGUACUCUUAUAGGGCUUUCUACUCGGCCACAUCAUUUAGAAUGUGGAAGGAUCUCAUGUCACAUUAUCCCGACCUGAAGGCUGAUGCAAAGAGGAUGGAACAUUUCACAUCAUUGUACGAGGUACUUUUUGAAUUUCUAAAGGACUUGUCAUUGCCAAAUAAUGUUGAGCUUAUGGGAUUGUAUGGAAGGAUGAUAAUCAACAGCUUCACACUAUUGGAUAAUGACAUGAACUCAAUAGGAACAGCGAUAUAUUUAGCAUCGUCGAUUGUAGACCACAGUUGCAAUCCAAACGCAGUUGCUACAUUUGACGGGAAGACGAUCAACAUACGAGCUAUCACGGACAUGCCUUAUUUAGACUGGAACCAGAUACGGAUCUCAUACAUAGACUUGAUGAAAACGCCGUACGAGAGGCAGACAGAGUUAUUGGAAAACUAUUACUUCUUAUGCCAGUGUGACAGGUGCAUGGAUGAAACUCAACUAAAAAUGGUACACGGGGCUAAAUGUCUCAAUAGUGAAUGUAAUAAUUCAGUCACUAUUCCAUGGAAGGCAGACUGUUCACUCGUUAGAAGACCAGAGGAGAGAUUCGAAAAUGGGCAUGAAUUUAAUGCACGUUGCAAUAUUGUGGAUGCACUACCGAGAGAUGAUAGUAUACGGUGCGGUGAAUGUGGCACUAAAUUCACUGAUAAACAUAUUGAGAUCUUUGUUAAGACAAUGGAGUUUACCGAGCUCCAUCUUCAAAAUAUGAAAGGUGCUUCUGUUGCUUAUGUAGACGUAUGCAAAUAUUGCCUGGAAAGGCAGGAGGGUGUGUUGCAUCCUCUUAACGUGAUGCAUGCACAAACUCUGGACCAUGCAUUUGAUGCCCUCAUAAUGGUGCAACUGUGGGAGAAGGCAUGCGAAUAUGCGGAAAGACUUAUUCCUUGUUUCAGAUUCUACUACGGCGAGAGACAUCCUUUGUUAGGUCUGUUAUAUUUGAAGUAUGGGAAGAUUUUACUAUAUAAGAGGAAUUUACAAAAGGCACUGCUGCAACUCAAGUGCGCAGAGAAAAUAAUAAAAAUCACACAUGGGGAUAAACACCCACUUUACAGAGAAUAUCUACUACCUCUACUUGGACAAGCGAUGAUCGAAUCUUCUUGAAAUCACAAUUUUAUUUUUUAAUUAAAAAUCAUGGGCUGUGUUGUCUAUGCAGACGAUUACCUCUAUAGUAACGAGAUUUUCAUAAAAUAAAGAUGUCUAACGAAAAUGCAAUAAUGUUUUUAGGGUAAUCUAAGGAGAAAGUGAUAUACUUUAAAUAAAAUUAGGAUUGUAAGUUGAAAUGUUGUCAUAAAUGGGUAUUGCUAAUGUUUCAAUAGAAAUAUUACCCUUUUGACCGCUCGAUUUUGUAACAAUUACCAUGUUGAUUUACUUCUUUUUAAUUUUCUACUACAUUUUGUCUCAAUUUUGUUAAUGUAGUAGGGAAUUAAAUGAAUGUAGAAAAUAAAUAUACAAACAUUAAAACACAGCCUCUCUGUAGUCACUGCAACCUUUGUCAGGUCAUUUCUGCUGAGACAGUUAAAAGGUUAAUAAUUGUCAUCAUACUACUUUCAUCUUUCAAAAAUAACUAAAAACAUUAGUUGAGAUUUGAGAAGAGGUUGAGAUUCCAAGAUUAUUAAAUAUAAUUAAGAAUGAUACAUGAUCUGCCUUGAUAUUCCUUAUUUCAAUUAUUGUCAAUUAUUUUUAUAAAGAAAAAAAAGUUGUGUGUGCAAUAAAUGGAAUUGAAGGAACAUAUUUUGUUUAAUUUUUCCUAAAGG